AUGGGCUUGAAUAGUCACCUUCAGCGUUUGACGCAAGUAAGGGCCUUUUUGCAGGCUCUGCAUAGCGCUCCGAGGGCGGUCAUCUCGAACCGCAAUUUGCUAUUCUCAUCCGCGGUCUAUGCCAUGAGCGGUCUUCCGCCAACUUGGGACCAGGGUUCCUCCUCUGUUUUGCCCUCUCUCCCAGGCUUCCAGCAACAUUUUCACAUCAGCUCUGGCUCCAACGCCGAUGAGAUCCAAAACUUUGUAUCUAUCGUUUACAUCGGCUAUGCCUUUGGCGCAGCAGCCUCAUACUUUACGAACGAUCACAUUGGCCGCCUCUGGUCUUUUCGCCUCUACACUUCCAUUUGGAUCAUCGGACAGCUGGUUGCUAUCCUUGCACCAGGAUUGCCGGCUUUGUACGCGGCUCGUAUCAUUUGUGGAAGCGGCAUCGGCGCGCUCUCUGUAACUGGGCCCAUGUCCAUUGUGGAAAUUGCCCCAAGUGAGAUUCGCGGAUUACUCACCUCGUGGUAUGCCGUAACCAUGGGCAUUUCCCUGACUGUGGCAACCUUUUCCGUCUAUGGUGUUUACCUUCAUCUGCCCGCAAUCCGGUUGCAGUACCAGGUUGUUUGGUUUGCACCAGCCAUCUUUAUGGCACUCACCGUUUUUGCCAGCUUCUUUGCUUGCGAAUCGCCUCGGUGGCUUUUGGUAGCUAACCGUCCAGAGGAGGCCCUGUCAACCUUAUCACAGGUCCGCGGGUUACCAGCUGAUCACCCACGAGUGGAGGCAGAGUUUCAAGAAAUGAGAAAUUCAAUUUCGUCGGCUCUGAAUGGAACCGAGGAUGGGACUCUCUGGCGACGUCCAACGCUGCAAGAGGUUGCGAAAGAGACUUUUACCGUUUCGGCCAACUUGCGACGGCUCCAACAGACGCUGGUAUCGUAUGCGAUGGCGCAGAUGUCAGGUGCAAACUCGGUUACUUCAUACUUCAUCCCCAUCAUGAAGAUCAUUGGCGUCGAGGGCGGAGUUGGAAACACUCUCUUCUUGAGCGGUAUGUAUGGUUUCUCGAAACUGAUGUUUAGCCUGAUAUCUUCCUUCUUCUUUAUCGAUCUGCUUGGUCGAAGGAAGUCAUUGUUCAUUGGUAUCACAUGUCAAAUGCUAUCACACAUCUACAUCGGCGCGUUCGUCAAGGUCCAUCAGGAGGGCCAAGUCAGCCAGUCCGCAUCGGAGGCAGCAAUUGCAGCCAUCUUUGUCCACGCAUUCGGAUAUGCUGUUGGCCUCUUCAUCCUUCCAUAUGUCUUCGGUGGCGAGCUCUGGCCAACCCGAAUUCGGUCCUUCGGCGGCGCUGUUGGGCAGACGUUUCAUUGGUUGUUUCUGUACGCCAUCAAAUUCAGCUUGCCUUCGCUUCUAUCAAGCACUCACAAUUGGGGCGCCUUCAUUUUCUUUGCUGGGUGGUGUUUCAUUGCCCUUAUCUACGUGUACUUGAUGAUUCCUGAAGUUUCGGGCCUCAGUGUGGAAGAGAUUGAUGCCAUCUUCAGAGGCCCGUGGUUCAAUGCCUACAAGCAUGGGAAGACGCCCUGCGACGGCCAGAGCCCUAAAUGCGGUCACUGCGUUGGAUCGGAACAAGACUGUGUCGUUGUUGACCCAGAGACUGGCCAGCAGCGACCAAGAGACUAUCUCAAGUCUUUAGAGGAGCGCGUGGCCUAUCUCGAAGGACUACUCAAUGCAUCGGACUCUGGUGCAGCCCAUAACGAAAACAAUCCAUCUCAACAGCCUCAAGGCCAGAUCAGAAGCUUCGAUACACCUUUCAUCAUCUUCAAGGCCUCUCACGAAGAAGACAGAUACUGGACUUACUGCCGAUGCCGGCAUAUCGGAGUCUACUUCAAUGUCUCUAAGAGAUCCUUGUGGAAGAUCACGGUAUUUUGGGCCUUCUUCUACAGUUUGCUUCUCGCGUAG